AUGAGUCCUCAAACGUCUCUUGAGCGGCGAUAUGAUGUCAAGGAAAUAUGCACGCUCAAUCCGAGACAAGGCGAGCGGAAGUAUAGCAUCUUGAUCAUCAACCCCAACACCUCCACGCACAUGACAGAAGCAUUGAAGCCAAUCCUGGCUAGCAUGAACUAUACCGAUGUCCAUUUUGAAUACUUCACUGCUCCAGACUCCCCCGUCCAGGUCAAAGGAGUCAAGAAUGAACCAAUCGCCAGCAUCAACAACGCCGAAGAAUCCUGCAGUUCAGCAUUGAACUGUUGGUCCGUACGGGAACUGGUUCCAUACUACGAUGCCUUUCUGGUAGCAUGCUAUUCCGCACACCCAUUUGUUGGCCAGCUGAGGCAAGACAUCAAGUCAACGGAAGAGAACAACCCGACAACACGAAACAAAUAUGUCACCGGCAUCUUCGAAGCAUCCAUCACCGCUGCCCUUUCUCUGGUUAGUGGAUUCGCAUUGGAAAGACCAAUCAAUCCUGCAGAGAGAUUACAUAAAUACCAAGAAAAGGGCAGCUUUGGCAUUGUCACGACCGGCUCCGCGUGGAAGGAUGAGCUUAUUCACGGCGUCCAGGGCGCAUUAGGAUACGUGGAUCGAGACGGAAGCUCGAUGCAUUUUGCAGGUGUUGAGACCACUGGUCUGACUGCCAUUGAACUACACACCACAGACCCAGAGGAAGUUCGACAGAGGAUCGUCGAGGCCACUCGCAAUCUACUUCGGGACUCUGAGUCUCGUGUGAAGGUUGUUUGUCUGGGAUGCGCUGGUAUGGCGGGUAUGGAAGAGGCUGUGCGAGAGGGAUGUAAGCAGGAAUAUGGAAUUCUAGAGGGUGGUCGAGUGCGCAUCGUAGAUGGGGUGGUUGCAGGCGCAGGAAACCUCAUUACGGCCUUGAAAGCUGGAUUCUGA